AUGGCGGCCGAUCCUGUUUUGAUUAACGUAAAUCGAAAGAUUGCAAGCUUAUUCCCAAUACAACCAGAACAUUGCAUUUGCAAAGUGCCUUAUUAUCUUCGCAAUGUAGAUAAUGAGGCCUAUGAACCACACCAAUGUGCAAUCGGUCCUUACCACAGCGGUAAGGUUCACUUAAAGGCAAUGGAAGAGCUUAAGUAUUGGUAUCUUCAAAAGCUACUUGAAGAAAAAGAGUACAUCAAUGUCUCAAUAUAUAUUAUGGCAAUGAGAAAUUUAGAGAGAAAAGCUCGCAAUUGCUAUAAAGACCCUGUACGUCUUGAAUCAGAUGAUUUCGUCCAAAUGAUGCUUCUCGAUGGUUGCUUUAUUUUACUUGAGAUGAUUGAGAUUGUCCAUAAGGUAGAUUUCACUAGGAAGAUUUUGGAAUUCUUCAAACACGUAUUACCUGAUUUAAGGUAUUUUAAAGAUAAUGUAAAGCCGAUCGGUGAAAUCAGACAUCUACUGGACUUGAUACAUGAAUACUGGAGUCCUUCACUUACAGAAAUUAAGGAACAUCUAAAUAUGGAAGGAAAUAUGGAUUCCAGGUGCACAUGUGCCACGAAACUCAAGUUCAAAAGAAUGAAGGAAGAUAGGAAAGGAAAUAUGGAUUCCAGGCGCACACGUUGCGCCACGGAACUCCAAGAGGCUGGAAUCAAGUUCAAAAAAAUGAAGGGAGCUUGUUAUGGAUCAAAUACGAAUCUUAUCACGGAUUAUGUCAUAUUUAUGAACUGUCUUAUUAACUCUGCAAAAGAUGUGGAAAUACUUGCACAUUGUGAAAUUGUUGACAACUGUUUAGGUGAUGAUGAAGCAGUUGCCACCAUGUUUAAUAGGCUUACUUACUCAGUAUUCUACUCCUCAAUCCAAUACCUUGAAGUCUCUUAUGAAGUGAACGCAUAUUGCAGACGACGCCGGAACAAAUGGCUUGCCAACUUGAAUCACAACUAUUUCAACAAUCCUUGGGCACUUAUUUCCGUUCUUUCUGCUACAGUCAUCGUUCUACUUACCCUCUUGCAAACCAUAUUUUCUGGAUUUGCUCUUUAA